AUGACCCCGCUCGCUGGGGACUCGGAGGAAGAAAAAGAAACAGUCCAGUCCCCCAUCGUGGGCCGCCUCAGGGGCCGCCGAGCCGGCCCCCCCACUGAGUCCAAAGCUUUCCCGCUUCGGGAAGGACCCAACCAUCAGUUACAAUAUUGGCCCUUUUCUGCCUCAGACCUUUAUAAUUGGAAACAACAUAAUCCCCCUUUCUCCAGGGAUCCUGUUGCCCUGACCGGCCUAAUUGAGUCCAUCCUAGUGACUCACAGGCCGACUUGGGAUGACUGUCAGCAGCUCCUGCAGACCCUCUUAACAGUAGAGGAGAAGCAGAGAGUUUUCCUGGAGGCCCGGAAGCAGGUUCCGGGCGAUGACAGGAGGCCAACCCAACUCCCAAAUAUCAUCGAUGCAGCUUUUCCCUUGACCCGCCCAGACUGGGACUUCAAUACACCUGAAGGUAGGGAGCAUCUACGUCUCUAUCGCCAGUUGCUCUUAGCGGGUCUCCGAGUGGCCGCCAGAAGGCCUACCAAUUUGGUUCAAGUAAGGAACGUGAUACAGGGAAAGGAAGAAACACCCGCUGCAUUUUUAGAGAGGCUGAAGGAGGCUUAUAGGAUGUAUACUCCAUAUGAUCCAGAAGACCCAGGGCAAGCACCAGGUGUCAUCCUGUCAUUUAUCUACCAGUCUAGCUCAGAUAUCCGAACCAAAUUGCAGCGGUUGGAAAGUUUGCAGGCGCUAGGUUUGCCAGAUUUAUUGAAGGAAGCAGAAAAAGUGUUCAAUAAGAGAGAAACUCCUGAGGAGCGUGAGGAAAGGAGAUGGCAGAAACAAGAGGAAAGGGACAAGAAACAGCAUAGGGAAAUGAAAAAGGUUUUGGCCGCCGUUGUGUCUAAGGGACAGCGGAGAGAGGAAGAUAGGUCGGGAGAGCGAAGGAGGCCACCCCUUGAUAAAGAUCAAUGUGCUUACUGUAAGGAGAAGGGACACUGGGCCCGAGACUGCCCCAAGAAGCCACAAGGACUCCACCGACCCAAGCCCAAAACCAGGUAUUACUGGACUGCUGAGAGAAAGGUCCAACUGGCAUCAGGGCAAGUAACUCACUCCUUCCUGCAUAUACCUGAAUGCCCCCAUCCGCUGUUAGGACGGGACCUAUUAACCAAAUUGAAAGCACAAAUCUACUUUGAUGAAGGAGACCCCCUACAAAUCCUUGCCCUCAGUUUAGAGGAAGAAUAUCGUUUGUUUGAGGCAGAACCCCUGGAGAAAUCACCUGAGGAGCUACAGAAUUGGCUGAGAGAGUUUCCUCAGGCCUGGGCAGAGACUGGGGGCUUAGGGCUGGCACGCGAUCAGCCGCCGCUGAUGAUCUCACUAAAGGCCUCCGCGACUCCCGUUUCAAUCAGACAAUACCCAAUGUCACGGGAAGCUCAUGAGGGGAUCAAGCCCCAUAUUCGGAGGCUCCUGGACCAAGGGGUGUUAAAGCCCUGCCAAUCACCUUGGAACACCCCUCUCUUGCCUGUUAAGAAACCGGGGACAGGAGACUACAGGCCGGUCCAGGACUUGAGAGAGGUCAAUAAGCGGGUGGAGGACAUACACCCCACGGUGCCUAAUCCCUGUAACCUUCUGAGCACCCUACCACCGACCCACAUCUGGUACACUGUGCUAGACCUGAAGGAUGCCUUCUUUUGUUUAAAACUGCACCCUCAAAGUCAACUGCUAUUCGCUUUUGAAUGGAGGGACCCAGAAAAAGGGCUCUCGGGACAAUUAACCUGGACCCGGCUCCCUCAGGGCUUCAAGAAUAGCCCAACCCUCUUUGAUGAGGCCCUACAUGCAGAUCUGGCCGGAUUCCGGGUCGAACACCCAACCCUGACUCUGCUCCAGUACGUGGAUGAUCUACUCCUGGCAGCCAGGAGUCGAACCGAGUGCAUGGAGGGCACUCGAGCCUUACUGGCCAGACUUGGGCAGAAGGGCUAUAGAGCCUCAGCCAAAAAGGCCCAAAUAUGCCGAGACAAGGUCACCUACCUAGGCUACACCCUGAGCGGGGGGCAAAGAUGGUUAACAGAAGCAAGGAAGGAGACGAUAAUCUCCAUCCCCCCUCCUCGGAACCCCCGCCAAGUUCGAGAGUUCCUGGGUACGGCUGGGUACUGCCGCCUUUGGAUUCCUGGCUUUGCCGAACUGGCAGCCCCAUUAUACCCCCUCACUAAACCAGGGACCAUGUUCCAAUGGGGGGAGAAGCAUCAAAAAGCGUUCCAACAGAUCAAGAAGGCCUUACUCGAGGCCCCGGCUCUGGGUCUGCCAGCUCUAACCAAGCCCUUUGAGCUGUUUGUGGAUGAGAACUCAGGUCUUGCCAAAGGGGUACUGGUGCAAAGACUGGGACCUUGGAGGAGACCUGUAGCGUACUUGUCCAAGAAAUUGGACCCGGUGGCUACAGGAUGGCCUCCAUGCCUCCGCAUGGUGGCAGCCAUUGCCGUAUUACUCAAGGAUGCCGGAAAGCUGACUCUGGGACAGCCGUUGACUGUGCUGGCCACCCAUGCAGUGGAGGCCUUGGUCCGACAACCACCGGACAGAUGGCUUUCUAACACCAGAAUGACUUACAUCUAUCAGGCCUUACUACUGGACUCAGACAGGGUAAAUUUUGGGCCGAUAGUUUCCCUUAACCCUGCUACCUUGCUGCCACUGCCUAGCUCCUCCGAGGAGCAUGACUGUCUCUAGAUUCUAGCCGAAGCACAUGGCACCCGCCCCGAUCUGACAGAUCAGCCGCUUAAGGAUCCAGACGCUGUCUGGUACACCGACGGGAGCAGUUUCCUGGAGGAGGGGGAACGCAGAGCCGGGGCGGCUAUAACCACCGAAUCGGAAGUGGUAUGUGCAUCGUCACUCCCGCCCAGGACAUCGGCCCAAGCUCUCCGGAUGGCAGAAGGUAAGAAGCUCACAGUUUAUACUGACAGCAGAUAUGCCUUCGCCACUGCGCAUGUCCACGGGGAAAUCUACAGACGGAGAGGCCUGCUGACGUCCGCGGGUAAGGAAAUCAAAAACAAAAAAGAGAUCCUAGACCUCCUAAAGGCCCUGUUCCUCCCGCUCCAACUCAGUAUUGUCCACUGCCCAGGGCAUCAAAAGGAUGACUCUGCGGUAGCCAGAGGGAAUCGGCUGGCAGAUCUGACUGCCCGAACAGCGGCUUCCCAGCCAGCAGGAAACAGCCAGAUGAUGGCUAUACAAGAACCACAGCCUGAGAGAGACCCCGUGCCCUAUAGCCCAGAAGACCAUGAGCUAGCAAAGAAAAUGGGGGCGGACUGGGAACAAAGAAGACAGGCAUAUAUACUAGGGGACCGGAUGGUCAUGCCAACCUCCCAUACCCGAUAUAUGCUGAGAUUCCUCCAUGCAUUGACCCAUUUGAGCAAAAACAAGAUGAAGACCCUAUUAGACAGAGAAAACACCGGGGCAGUGCUGCUGAACCAGGAUCAGGUACUCCAGCAGGUAACUUCUACCUGCCCAGCCUGUGCUCAAGUCAAUGCAGGAAAGGUUCAUCUAAACAAGGGGGCCCGCCAAAGAGGCCAUCGUCCUGGUGUUCAUUGGGAAAUAGACUUUACAGAAGUAAAACCCGGACUCUACGGGUACCGGUACCUCCUGGUCUUCGUGGACACCUUUUCUGGAUGGAUCGAGGCAUUUCCAACCAAGAAUGAGACGGCUAACGUGGUAACAAAGAAACUGUUGGAAGAAGUCUUCCCCAGGUAUGGGAUGCCUCAAAUAUUGGGGUCGGAUAACGGGCCUGCCUUCGUCUCUCAGGUAAGUCAGAAGGUGGCCAAACUAUUGGGGGUUGAUUGGAAACUCCAUUGUGCAUACCGC